UUCCAUUCUCAUAGAUAAUGAUGAAAGGCAAACAGACCCAAAUCAAAAACAAAACAAAAAAAUUAAAAGCGGAACAAAGAAAUCCAGCUCGGAACCAUUAUGAGCUAGUUUCCGCGAACUACUAAGAUCGACGAACAAACACUCCGCAGAGGAAGGGUAGCUGUGUAAACGAUGGGGCAAACCUGUGUAAACAUCUUCAUCCAUUUGUGAGCGUUUGAAUUUGGUGUUUUGAUCGUGAGAAAAUGAACCCAGUUUUAAGUAAGGUUUCACAUGUACGACACAUUGGGACUCUGGGUCAUGCAUUUUCAUUAUUCAGGUCAUCGGAGUUCAUGCCAAGGACACUCAUUGGGGGGUGUUCUGUGAUCAGCGAGAGACAUUAUAAAUCCAUGCCAACACAUGGGAUAGGAAGAUUCAAGCACCUCCUCCCUAAAGAAGCGCCCAAGAAGAAAAAAGAGAAAGUGAAGAUGAAACAGAUCAAGGCUGCCACCGAUACAGAGUACGGCGUGCUCAAUGUGUCAGUAUCUGGAUAUGAUAUGACUUUGGUGGAACACUACGCCCAAUACAUCCAUAAUCUCUGCAACCGCUUGCAUAUCUCAGUAGACGAAAGCUAUGCUUUACCAACCAAGACCACAGAGGUGAUGAUAAUGCAAGACAAAAGCACUAAGAUGUAUGUGGAUGCAGUUCUGAAGACAUACGAAAGAGUUGUUCAGAUCAGCCAGCUGAGUGCAAUGUUUUGUCCCAUUUUCCUGGAGGUGCUCCUUAAGAACCAACCUGAGGGAGUGCAGCUUUCUGUGAAGGAUCAUACAGAAGCAGACUACCAGGCACGCUACAAAGCUCGACCAGAACUUGAGGGACUGAUUGCACAAAUGAGUUAGACAAAUGCAGCCAUCUUACAAAAUAUUUAUAUCAGUUUGUGUUUGUUUAAAGUAAUAAUUAAAUACAUUUCUAUAUAAAAA